GCUCUACAUAAAUGACUAAUGACCAGCGGGCUCACUCUACAGCUCUUUACAAGUGUUAUUGAUGUUCUGAAAAGCACUAAAUACUCUUUUGUGAUUGUCAUUUGCUUCAGAGAGACCUCCACUGAGAAAGUGGACUUUUAUCAGAGACAUCUGAAAAUAGCGGACAAGAGCUAGAAAACCAAUCAAUCAUUUGCAAUUUACUCUAUAGCAAUGAAGCCAAGCCAACAGAAAAUAUCCCAUGUCAAGCGAACGACAUUAGCUAAGUGUGAGCUUCGAGAUCAUGCUCGCGAGACCAUCCUCAUCGAUACUUAUGAAUUAACACCAAUGGAGUCCAACCAAACAGAUCUCUACGCUCGGUUCACUGCUCUUAAGAAGUAUGGUGUCGAAACGUGGAUCUCCGUUGGUGGAUGGGCUAUGAACGAUCCAGGGCCAUAUUCAAAUGUCUUUUCGGAUCUUGCCGCAUCCACUACGGCUCAACAGGCAUUCCUCAACUCUCUGAUUUCCUUCCUAGGGGAAUAUGGCUUUGAUGGCGUUGACAUUAACUGGGAAUAUCCUGGUGCAGCGGAUCGAUUCGGUACAACUGCUGACUACGCCAACUUUGUAUCGUUUUUGAAGAACGUACGAUCCACCUUGGGAAGCUAUUAUGGCUUGUCAAUUACCCUCCCAAGUUCCUACUGGUACCUUCAGAAUUUCGACAUUGUCAACAUUGCGAAAACCAUUGACUGGUUGUUGUGGCACAAUAACAUCCCGCCUAGCCAAGUGAACCUUGGCCUUGGCUAUUACGGGCGCAGUUACACACUUGGAGAUUCUUCGUACGUGGAGCCUGGAUGUCCAUUCAAGGUGGGAGGAAAUCCGGGUCCAUGCUCUCAGACCGAAGGCAUGCUAUCUUAUGAUGAGAUCAUGGAUAUCAUUGAUGAUCCAUCCAGAAACCCAACGGUGUGGCUUGACUCUAAUGCGGCUGUUAAAAUCGCUGUCUAUGAUAACAAUCAAUGGGUUGCUUAUGAUGACGCUGAAACCAUCCAAAUGAAACUGGAUUUUGCCAACUCAGAGUGCCUCGGAGGUGUUUUCUCAUGGGCUGUUGACGAGGAUACCGCUGGAGAUCUUUCCGAAUCCAUUUCCAACUCUACUAAUCUCUUCCCCGCCGGAGGAAGCGGAGAGGUGUAUGUUUCGCCCAAAAUUUGGGACAGUGAUUCGCCCAAAAUUUCCUGCCAGGCUCCAUGUACGUUCAUCUUGCCACCAUUCCCGUUGCCGACUCCGACGAUUAUCGACUGGCCACCCGUUACCACCGCACUGCUUGUCAGCAACAGUGGAGGUGUCACUACAACGACAACUACAAUUUUGGUUCCCGAAUUCUCGGUAUCCGCCAUCCCUUUCUGGCCAGUGACCAUUGCCAGCAAUCAAACAAUAGGCGUUUUGAGUCCCGUACAAAAGAUUCAGGCGGCAGGGCAAACUGUUGUGUCCGCUACAAUUACCUCUCCUGCUACCACAACGACCAGUCCAACUACGACAAUGUCCGCUGUGGUGACCCCAUCGCCUAUUGCAGCUAACAUGGCAAGUGGCUGCACAGAAUUCUACCUUGUUCAAAGCGGUAACUCCUGUUGGAGCAUUGAAACUACGUACAAUAUCGCUGCUGCAGACUUUGAAGCUUGGAACCCUGCUGUCGGCACUGGUUGUGCCAACGGUGUCUGGCUCGGCUAUUGUUAUUGUAUCAGUCAUGGCAACCCUACUUCGACUUCCUCAGGCGCUGGGGGCCAGCCGACCUCGACAGGAACCACUGCCAUCCCGGUAUUUUACAGCACAGCACACCCUGUUACUAUCCAGCCUCAAGCUAAACAUGCUUCAGUGACCCCCUCGAGUGCCAUCCCUCCAAUCAAUGUCAAGAACGGACCGCCGACAGGUUCUUCCUCGAGUGAUGGUGGUUGCGUUGGUUGCGGGAAAUUGGAGUGUGAGCUAUUCGGUUGCAACGGCAAGUGUGGACUUUUCGCUUGUGAUGGAGGCUGUGGUCUCUGGUGGUGUGGAGGAUGCUGCGGUUUGCAAUAUUGCGGGCCCGGCUGUGGUACUGGUUCCUGCAUCAUUGAAGGUGGCGGAGGCGGCGGUGGAAGCACUGGCUCUGUUGGUCCUAGCGACAGUUCGAAUGAAGAUUGCAGCUCGAUGGAGACCGCCAAUAUCUGCACAGUGUUUGUAAAGAGCUUCUCGACAUCUGGAAUGGCUUCCUCGUCUACUACCACUACAACGGAAUGUGUUACCACUGAAGGAUGCUCGGUUACUCCAUCCACUACAACAACAACCGUUAGUACCACUGGAACUUAUUCCACUAUCACAAAUAGCUUCAUGUUCAUAUCGCAGCCAACACAGGCGGCAUCUGUUCUGGAUUCUAUUUCUGCCAGCAUUGUCAGCCGGCGAAAUAUUUGGGAUGCCACACGCUGGGCCGGUUUCACGAUUACAAUCACCCCAACAUCGACAACGACUAGCGCCCAACCCACAGGGACUGGAUUCAGCAUCGUGGAGUACAUUCUCCCGUAUACCAACUAUGAGUACGGCUGGUUGGCUAUCGAUUACGAACGACUGUCCACUCCCAUCAUUAUCAAUGGCUCUGUUUCUAUGGGUACGAAUUUGACAACUACGAAUAGCCAGACGACAUUCUGUGACCAGACCUCCACAUUCAAUCAAGAGAGCUCAGGUGAUGUCCUUGGUAGCAGCGACAAUGGCAGUGAAUAUGACUGCACAACUGUUCUCAACCCAACUACCAUCGUCAUUGCGCAAGAGACUUCCAUCGUCCCCCAAUGGAAUUGCUUGACAAAUGUUUGCACAUGA